CUCAAAACAAUCAUUGAAAACGAACAGCAACCCCAGUCGAUUGCUGUUUUAUCUUCAGGCCUUUAUUUUCAACAAACCGAGGGCAUCAUGACAGAAAUACGACACCGAGGAGCGACGGAAAAAGAGCUGCAGCACCAGCACUCGGAGGAUAAGGGAUCUGAAACGGAGGGCAGGUCAGAGAGGGAUGGAGCCUCAGAUAGUGAGACUAAACCAGACACUGGGAUUCCUGAAGUUCCUGUUUCUGCUGAUGACACGCCAGAGGUUCUCAACAAAGCCCUCUCAGGCCUCUCCUCCCGAUGGAAGAACUGGUGGGUGCGGGGCAUCCUCACUCUGGCCAUGAUCUCCUUCUUUUUCUUCAUUAUUUACCUGGGUCCGAUAGUGCUGAUGAUGAUUGUGAUGUGCGUUCAGAUCAAGUGCUUUCAUGAGAUCAUCACAAUUGGCUACAGUGUGUAUCACUCAUACCACCUGCCCUGGUUCAGAACACUAAGCUGGUAUUUCCUGUUGUGUGUGAACUACUUCUUUUAUGGGGAAACAGUGACAGAUUAUUUCUUCACUCUGGUGCAGAGGGAGGAACCUCUACGCAUCCUCAGCAAAUACCAUCGCUUCAUUUCCUUUGCCUUGUACCUCACAGGGUUCUGCAUGUUUGUUCUGAGCCUGGUGAAGAAGCACUAUCGCUUGCAGUUCUACAUGUUCGGUUGGACUCAUGUGACCCUGCUGAUUGUGGUGACUCAGUCUCACUUAAUCAUUCAUAACCUGUUUGAGGGAAUGAUCUGGUUUAUUGUGCCCAUCUCCUGUGUUAUCUGCAAUGAUAUAAUGGCUUAUAUGUUUGGCUUCUUUUUCGGCCGCACCCCUCUCAUCAAGUUAUCUCCUAAGAAGACGUGGGAGGGCUUUAUUGGUGGCUUCUUCGCCACUGUUGUGUUUGGAAUCCUGCUCUCCUAUGUAAUGGCAGGUUACAGCUACUUUGUGUGUCCAGUGGAGUUUAAUAACGACUCAAACAGAUUCACGGUGGACUGUGAGCCAUCUGAGCUCUUCCAGCUUCAGGACUACAGCCUGCCAUCUGUAUUGCAGUCAAUCUCUGGCUGGACCACAGUGAAGUUGUACCCAUUCCAGAUCCACAGCAUCGCUCUGUCUGCAUUCGCCUCCAUCAUGGGACCAUUUGGAGGCUUCUUCGCCAGCGGCUUCAAAAGGGCCUUUAAGAUCAAGGACUUUGCCAACACCAUACCAGGUCAUGGAGGAAUUAUGGACCGCUUUGACUGUCAGUACCUCAUGGCCACAUUUGUAAAUGUUUACAUCGCUAGCUUUAUCAGAGGGCCAAACCCUGCUAAAGUUAUCCAGCAGCUUCUUGCUCUGAGACCAGACCAGCAGCUCCAUAUCUUCAACUCGCUCAAGGCCCAUCUGACAGUGAAAGGCCUGCUUCCUGCCCUGGAAGAGGCAGCCUAGCCUGACGGACCAUCACAGAGAGAGCCCACCACAGUGGGCAGAGGAUAGAGGGAGGAGAGGGUCAUUGCGGAAGCAGAUCCAGACCUGUAUAGAUGUGUGUUGGAAGGAAUACAAUAGAAAACUGAACUUAAACCUAGGGUAAUUCCAUUUUCAGUGAGUGAGUGUGUACAGAUCAGUGUUUUGCUUGUGUUAUUUUAUUUUUGUGAACGUUUUAUGUUUAUCUAUUAUGCCACAAAAUAAUAAUAAUUAUAUAUAUAUAUAUAUAUACACAUAUAUAUAUAUGUAUGUAAAUUAUGCUUCAUCUGUUUUAGUUGAGCUGUACAUUUCCAUUUGUGUACAAAUGUUCUGUACCUAUAGAGUAGGGGUCGGCAACCUUUUUUCCUGGUCAGUGCUGCCCAUAUGCAUGUAUGUGAUUUUCCAAAGUUUGGGUCCACUUUUGAAAAUGUUUCUAUUUUGCAUUUUUCUAGUUUAAUAGUUUAUUUUUCAUUACAGAUGAUAAUAUCAGCAUAUAGUUUGAGUGAAUAAGUUGUAAAAACCCAAUGAUUAAUCAUGAUCCUGCAUGAGAAUUUUCACAGCGCCUGGUGUAAAAACCAGCUUAAGCUGGUAGCUGUGUUUUGGAACAUGAUAGCUGGUUUAAGAUGGUCAUGAGCUGGUCCAAGAUGGGAGAUCAACUUGGACCAGCUCAUCUGGUUUUUGAAAGAAAUUAGCUGGUGGACCAGCUCAUGACCAGCUUCGACAGGUACCAGCUUAAGUUGGUUUUCCACUUUUAAUAUUUUGUCAUACUUUUUCAAAAUCACAGAGGGGUAAUCACCAGCACACAAGCAAAAGCUAGAGAGGAGCAGGCUAUUUUAUUUAUAAGAAGUUUUUCACACCUACGUUCCAAUCUACAUCUUGAUGUAAUCCUUCCUCAUGAUCACGCAGCAUGUUUUCAUGAGCUGAUUGGGUAGUAAAGUGUGACAAAACUCGUGCUGCGCAUGCAAACCAUUCGCUGACACAAGCCAACUUUUUUCGGUGAAUCGCACCUUCAAAAUCCUAAAACUUUAUUUCCGGGUUUAAUGUAUAUUUUUAAUAUACAUGUUGGGUGUAUUGCAAUCUCAUCACAUUUUAACUUUUUGUUUAGCCUCCCAUUCAGCUCAUGAAAACACUGCGUGAUCAUGAGAAGGAUUACAACAAAUUGGAAUGAAUGUGCAGAAUUAAUAUAAAUAAAAUAGUCUACUCCUCUCUUGCCUUUGCUGGCGUGCCAUUGAUUACCCCUCUGCCUGCCAAUGCUGGCACGUAUACCAUAGGUUGCCAACCCCUGCUAUAGAUUGUCUGAAUAUUUUUUAAUAAUGUUUAUGGUUUAUUGUAUUCUAUGUUGUUUUAAUGCACUGCUAAUCACACUGUCAUUUCAACCUCAGGCUAGGCUUUCUUUUUCUUUUUUCAAAUGUUUCCAUAAGGCAUUGUUCAUUGAUUUUCACCACAGAGCACUCAAGAAUUUAUUGUGGAUUCAUAUUAUAUUCCAUUAGUCUUGGCUGUGACCUGUUUGUAAUAUUUGUUUUAAUCAAAGAUGAAUUUCGGCAUUGAUAUUAAAUGUGUGCUUUAACUCAGUAGGUUGUGACUGUUACAGUUCGGCUUUCUGAGACUGUUGGUAUUCUAAAUGCAACUGAGUAAGAAGAGGAAGCAGAUUUCAUAUUCGGUGCAUGAGAGGGAUGUUCAGGCAUUGUCUGACUUUGAAUUGCUAUGUACCCCUCUCUGUGGCUUUGGUUCAGUUUCUGUUUGAAGUUUCACAGAAACCGCCCUCUCAGAGAAAGGGACAAAAGGAUCUUUUAUAAUUAGUUGUUACAAGUUACAAAAGUUUGAAUUUAGUGUCAUAUAAACAUGAUUUUGUUCUGAAUGUUAAACUUCUUCGUCAUCAUAUUUUAUGUUUAAGGGUAUAACCUCAUUUUAUUCAUUGAUAGUUGUAUUUGAAUGUUCUUGUUGACACUGAUCAGUUACAACCUAAUUUUAUCAAGCCUAAAAUAUAUUUCCUUGGUGGGGUUUGCUUUUGUCUUUGUGACCUGUUACAUGCAAAAUAUGAUAUAUCUUAAAGGCUCAGGCUGGGGUAUCAUAAAUUGAAGUGAUUGGUUUGGUCUUGGAUGAUUUUUAAAUAAGUGUACAAAUGUUUAUUUUGUACCAUCUUCACUGUACAAGACCAAGUCUUCCUCUCAGUUAAUUUUGUCAUUUUGUUCCAUCUUUCCAUCUGGUUUGUUUUUACCAUUGUCUGUUGUACAACAUGCUCAAUCCAAUAAUAGAACCGAAUUAGAACUAUGAUCUACACGUGUGCCAUGUCAUCAUGAACAUGGAGGAAAAUUGUUUUUAGCGAGUCAAGGAAAUGAAUCGAUAUCAAGGGAGCAGCUUUUAAAAAUAAUCAUAAAAGUGUUAGAAUAACUUUGCCUGUAUGAAGUUCUAGAGUUUCAGAUGAGCUGAUUCUCUGGUUAGUCUCUAAGCCUCAGUUUGUAUUUAUGGUCCACUGCCAUUUGCCAAUAAAGAUCCAUGAGCACAUACAUGAGCUGUCUGAUUAGUUGUGCUUUCAGACCAGAGUAUAUAUAUUUGAAAAUAAGAUGAUCUGUGAGGGGUUUUUACAGAUGGUAAUGGAUUAUUUCAAAAUGUUUUUUUGUUCCAUAAGGCCACAUGCAGUGAAAGACAAAAGGCAUCUUAUUACCUGAGUUUCCUGUGAUAGUUACUUUAUGUGUUUCAGCUUCAAGAACGAAUCCACUAAUAUUUACCAUGAACAUCUCAUUUAUAUUUAUUUAAAUUUUUUCCCGUUUCCUUUACCACAUGAUCUUUCAUGGUCAGCUCAAGCCAUACCUUGAAGGGAAACUUCAUCAAAUGUUGUCAUUCUCAUUUUGUACCAAACCGCUUUCUUUUUGUGGAUGACAACUUAUAUUAGACAAAAUGUUAGCCUCAGUCACCAUUCACUGUAAUGACUGUUUGAAUUUUUUCAUCUUUUUACAUUAUUUGAAAAAGCUAUACAAUUACACACUAAAGUUGUGAUUUUCAGUGUUAAGUGGUGCCGAUUUUUCUCUCUCGCUUGCUUUGCUUUUUUACUCUUCUUAGAUAUUUUAUUCAAACUUUUAUGCUACUGUAUCAGUUCAGCACAACGACCCAAUUUUAUAGACAGAAUUGCAAACCUUAUAUUAUUAAAGAUUAUAUAGUACAUACCAGUGGUUCUCAGCCUUUUUGACUCCAACCCCCCAUUUGAAUUUAGUUGGAUUAUUUUAAUAUUUCUUAUUUUAAAUGAAUUUUAAGUCAUCCUUAGAAGUGUGCUGAGGCCCCCUAUUGGGUCCGGGCCCUCUGGUUGAGAACCACUGGUAUAUACUGUAUAUGUUUGAAGUAGAUUAUUCUAUUAUACUUUAUUAUUAUUGUUGUGUUUGGCAUACUGUUUUGCAUCACCCACUAAGCCAUUCCAUAUGAAUGCGUCCAAACAUUAGCAUGCAAAGUCCAGACACAAAUUAACAGAGCAAUGUAAAUGUUUUAUAGCCACCAGAGAGGAAAGUUAUGUUGCUGGGCAACCACUAAUGUCAGAAGAAAGGGCUGAAAUAUCUGCUUUUGAGUGUGGGUGACCAUAAAGACAACAUUUUAAAGAGCCAAAAUGUGUUAAAGUCUUCCAUAUAUGUUUAAAGAUCUGGCUCAUCUUGUUGCUGUAACUGAAUUUCAGUGAUUGAAGCUUGUGUUAACUAGCCAAUCAGAUCUCAGACUCGUGUACAUGCCAUGUAUUGCCACCAGAGAGAGCUAAAGCAUUGCUCUCUCUGAGGCUAGAUGAGACCAUUAUACUUUUGUUCGUGGUAAAGUGGUUUGUAUGUUGUAGUUUUUUUUUUGUUUUUUUUUUUUAGUUUUUUAACUUUGUCUGAUUUUAACGCAACAUUUUCGUUCUUCUUUGAAGCAGUGUUCAUGUAUAGGUGUUACCAGUGGUUGUCAAGAGCUCUUGACGUGAGAAACUGCUGUGCAGUGCAGUUGUACUCUCUGUUUUUCAGUUUAUUCAGUACCACUAAAGAAUAAAAUAGAAACAUGUUUCCCCCUCUCAAAAGUGUUGAGCCCUUUUGGUUUGCCACUAAGAAGAAAAACUCCUCUCUGCUGAACAACAUUUAUUUGUAUUUAUUUUUUUCGUCAACAAGUGUUAUGGUCUGUAUUUAUGCUGCAUAUAGUUUUGUAAUUUUGAUAAAGCAGAUAAAUGUGCUUUC